CUGGCCCGGCUGAAAGGAGGAGGAGGAAGAAGCAGCAGCAGCAAUCGUGUGGAAGGGAGGCAGGCAGAGGAAAGAGAAAGCCUGCUUUGGGAAAGGGUUGAAGAGGCCAGCGCUUGCAGGCCAUGGCCUGCCUAGGAGAGGAAGUGACAAGUGAGGAGACUGGAGAGGAGAGCAACAGUAUGAAUUUAAUGGAGUUCUCAGAUGAGAUCCUCUUACACAUCCUGAGAUACACUCCAGUUUCAGAUCUUGUCCUGAAUGUCCAGAGGGUCUGCCGGAAACUCUCUGUCCUCAGUCUUGACAAAAGCCUCACCCACACAGUGAUCCUACAUAAGAACUAUCAGGUGGACAAAGACAAAGUGAAGCAGCUCAUGAGAGAGAUUGGCAAAGAGAUUCAUGAGCUGGACAUGACCGGCUGCUAUUGGUUGCCGGGCACCACCAUUGACCAGGUGAUUCGUUGCAAAAACCUAGUGAAGCUGAACUUGUCUGGCUGCCACCUCACCUCCCUUCGUCUCUCAAAGAUGCUCUCCACCUUGCAAUACCUCCGCUCUUUGGCAAUUGAUGUGAAUCCGGGGUUUGAUGCCUCCCACUUGAGUAGUGAAUGCAAGGCUACACUGAGUCGAGUGCUGGAGCUCAAGCAGACUCUUUACACACCCUCCUAUGGGGUAGUGCCAUGUUGUACCAGCCUCGAGAAACUCCUCCUGUACUUUGAGAUCCUUGACAGAUCGCGAGAGGGUUUAAUAAUCUCUGGCCAGCUGAUGGUGGGUGAGAGUAACGUGCCCCACUACCAGAAUCUCCGGGUUUUCUAUGCUAGGUUGGCUCCUGGACCAGUCAACCAGGAGGUGGUGAGGCUAUACUUAGCGGUGCUGAGUGAUCGGACUCCAGAGAAACUUCACGCUUUCCUCAUCUCUGCUCCUGGUGGCUUUGCACAGAGCUGUGCUGUUAAAAACCUUUUAGACUCCAUGGCCCGGAAUGUGACAUUAGAUGCUUUACAGCUACCUCGAUCUUGGAUGAAUGGCUCCAGCCUCCUCCAGCUUUUGAAAGUCAGCAACCCUGUCUACUUCAGUUUCAACCGCUGUAGCUUAUCUGGUGGCCAGCUUGUCCAGAGAGUCCUGAAUGGUGGUAAAGACCUCCGCAGCCUGGUCAGUUUGAACCUGAGCGGCUGCGUUCACUGUCUGUCUCCAGACUCCCUCUUGCGCAAGGCGGAAGAUGACAUUGACAGUGGCAUUGUGGAGACACUGGUUGCCUCUUGCUGCAAUCUGAGGCACCUGAACCUCUCGGCUGCCCACCAUCAUAGCUCAGAAGGCUUGGGCAAACAUUUAUGCCAACUCCUUGCCCGCCUGAAAUGCCUUCUCUCUCUGGCUUUGCCUGUUUGUGCUAUUGCCAACAUUUCCCUGACAACUGCUGACAAGCCAUCAGUGCAGCCGGUGGCUAAUGUAGCCUCCCAAGGUUUUGGAAAGAAAGUCCGAAUUGGGGUCCAGACCUGUUCCAGGAACUGCCUAGAACAAGGCAAUUUCAAGCCCCCCUCUUCUGUGUUUUGGUCUCUACUAGAAAGCCUUCCCUUUCUGGAAAGACUGGAGUUGAUUGGUUCCAGUUUCUCCUCGGCCAUGCCAAGGAAUGAGCCAGCUAUCCGGAACUCGCUGCCUCCCUGCAGUCGGGCACAGCAUGUGGGGGAUGCAGAGGUGGCUGCCAUUGGCCAGCUGGCAUUCCUGCAGAGCCUCACCUUGGCCCAGCUGCCCAGUGUUCUUACCGGCUUUGGGCUGAUUAGCAUUGGGGCCCAAUGCCAACGCCUACGGACCCUCUCGCUGGCCAACAUAGGCCUUAUGGGAAAAGUGAUGUACAUGUCAGCCCUCAUGGACAUGCUGAAGCACUGUAAGUGCUUGCGAGAUCUCAGGCUAGAACAGCCAUACUUCAGUGCCAACGCUCAGUUCUUCCAAGCCUUGAGCCACUGUUCUUCGCUGCAGCGUCUUUGCAUCAUCUCCCGGAGUGGGACUUUGCAGUCAGAUGCUGUGAUGUCAUUCAUGGCCACCUGCCUUGAGGUCAUCAUGUGCCACAUGUUUACAGGAGAGUCUCUAACAGUUUGCAAAAACCUCCAACAGUCCCUGAUACGAAGUUUUCAGGCUGACAGACCUGCACUGAACGUCGUCGUGUUUCCUCUCCUGCAUGAAGACUUGACAGAGGUUAUCCGAGAUGUCCCCAUGAUGCACUUGGAUGAGAUCACUUUGUUCAAGAGCCGGGUGGCUGAGGAACCACCGAACCUGUGGUGGUGAUGGUGAUGUAGCCAGACCAGGACACUUGACAUGGACAGAAGAAGGCGGCUACUUCUCCUUGACUGAGAGUCCCUGUUCUUGAACGCUGCUGCCAUUUUGUUUGAAUGCUGUGCAAUUUCUGUGCUACUGCCAGGGCCUUACUUGCCAGGAAGCUGGAGAGACUUACAGAUUCCUUUAGGGGACAAAAUUUGCCCUUGGAAAACCCCUAAUAUUUAUUCAUUUUAACUUCUAGCCCGUUCCUGUUUCUGAGGAACUUGGGGUGGGUUUGUAAUUGGAAAAUAUUGGAACCUUCCUUUUUGAGUUAUCUCCUUGCUAUUUAAUAAUAUAAAUUCUUCUUUAAUUUGAAAGGUCGUUAAAAAGGGUAAGGGGAAUUUAACUUGAAAGAAUGUACUCCUUUCCUCCCUCCUUUAUCUAUGGCUGCUUGUUCUUGGACUCAUUUGUCUUUUUAUUUUUUGGUGCUUUAAUGAUUUGUUCUUUCCUUGAGUGUCUUAAGGAGCUUCUUAAGUAAAUGCAAAGGGAGGAUGUGUCAACACUUUAUUUAUUCAGGGGACUCAAAUGUGCUUGGGUCACAUUCCCAAGCCCCCUACUCUGUCAGUAUCUCCUGAUAAGGACAGCUGUACAGAUCAGACAUGCUGUGCCAGGUGCAAACCUGCUUUUCAGUCUUUUAAUCCUGUGGUUGUCCAGAGGAACUCACCUUCUUAUGCCUGAGAUAUGCUUGGAAACAGUUGUCUUGUGGAUUACAACUGCCAGAAUCCCCUGGCAGAGGUUUCUGGGAGUUGUGGUCCCCAUAAUGACAUUGCCAAGCUUUGGUUGCUGUGCUUUUGUGUUGGAGUGAUCAGCCAGGAGUGCUCUUAAAUUAAGAAAUUUCCAUGUGGUGUUAAGGUCUUCAUUAAACAAGCCUAAAGAGGAAUGCAUUCUCCUAAGGAAGACUGGACAAUGCAGACAUCAGCCACACAGACCUGAUGACCGUAAGGCUCCUCUGUCUUUCCAAAUUUUAAUUUUUCUUCUAAGCUCAGUCUUAUAUUUUGGGUGUGGCUGUAAUGCCCCAGGAGGUUCUCCUUCACAAAAUCCACUGCAGUGAUGGUGCAGGGUAUGAUGUCUGUGCUUUUGCAUGCAACACCUAUUCAUUUUAGCACUGGUUGCUUAGGAGAACUUCUUUGACCAUUGUCUGGCAUGUCUCAUUUGGGUCUUGAUCAUUUAUUGACUGCCUUGAGUGAAUCAGACACUACAACAAAUUAUUUUAAUUUGUAGGAGGUUCUGACAUUAAGAUCUUGCUCUCAGAUACUGGUGCAAGAAGCUCCCUCUCCUCUUUUUUUUACAGCCCCUAAAUCCAAAAUCUUUUCUUGCUGGACCUUUUGAAAACAGGCCAUGUCCUUCCUUAACAGGUCUGUAGCAGCUUAGGGUCAGGUCUUGGACUGGCACAUUUUUAUCGACAAGGUGCCAAAAUUUCCCCUUUGCCAACCACUUUUUCAAAGGGACGUUGAACCGUUUCUGUGUGGCUAACCAGUGGCUGAUCUUUCCCCUUCCAUAACACUAUCCACUGCUUGCCACACCAUCCUUUGUGAUCUCGUAAAAGAUCCUUUGCUUUCUGUGUCCCUUGGGAAGUGGCAGCGCUGCAAGUCUUGUGGUUUCUCAUGGUUUGUGCCAUUGUUUGAAGGAGAAGCAGCCAUCGAUCACUCUUACUCCUUUUUCUCAGUGGCUUGCUUCUGCUGUUUAGUGCUUGAGGUCAUGGGCCAGCUUGAGUAUCUUGUAACAAUGUGUGUGUUCAAAUGUGACAAUAAAUUAUCUGUGUUAAUUGAAUUUACAGUGGAUUUCCCUGCCGAGAAGGUAUAUAAACACUUCCAUAUACAUUUUUUUUGCUAUCUUAUUAAAUCUUUUCCCCAACCCUUGUGGGGAAAAUGGGGUGGGAAGUGGAAUGACAAGAACAUGCCUUCUAUCUGUGGUUUGGAAGUCUUAUUUAGGAGGUCUGCAGUUUUCAGAAUCCCCCAGACAUCUUGACAACUGGGGAUUCUGGGUGUUGUAGUCUAAAACAGUGGGCUUUCUAGGGUCUGGUCUUAACAGGUCAGUCCAUUGGUCCAGCUAUCCUGGGACUGUCUGUUUCACUGUCCGCAGUGACUCUCUGAAGUUGCUGUUCUCAUCAUUUGAUAUUUUGCUGUUUAAACUGGAGGUUCUAGGGAUCAUACCCAGGAUUUCUGCAUGCUGUCAAGGUAAAUUGGGAAACUGGGCAGCAGGAGUUAGGAAACAAGAUUAUCUGGAAAGAAGAUGUGGCUGGCUGGAUCCCUGAACUAGAGCAGCAGGUUCUUGUAGGUCCUAGUUGUAAUAAUGUAAACCAGCAACAUUUCCACCCAGCUUCGCUUUUCCUUUGAUCAGAAAGACUGCAGAUGAUGUAACCUUUUGACAUUGGAGAUUGUUGCUGUUGUCAUAUGUCUUUCAAGUCAUUUGCAACUU